GCAAAGGGUCGAAAGCACAGUGUGACCUGGGGUCUCUUUCUUGCGUUUUAGUUAGUGAGUUAUCAGUGACGACAGUGUUGAAAUAAAACGUUUUCUGACCACUGGCAAGUGCAUUGGUUGUGUGAAACCCAAGUCUCGCGCCAUGAACAGUUCCAUAUUCUCCUCCCCUCUCGCCGCCGCUGCAUCCCCCUCAACCCAAUCGAUAUCUCCAGCGUAUUAAUGCUCCAAGCAUCAUCAUCAUCAUCAUGCGACAGUGGUCCUUGGUGUUAGCAGUCUUCAGCGUGGUGGCCUCCGGCUUCCUCCUCGACGGCUCCACCAACUCCUACUCCCAAUUCCGGAAAUGGGGCGGCGGCACCAACGGCACUCUCGAAUUCGAAUUCAAGACCGACCAAGCCAACGGCCUCCUCCUCUACACCGACGACGGCGGCACCUACGACUUCUUCGAGAUCAAGCUGGUGGAGGGGGCGCUACGAUUGCGCUACAACCUGGGGGGCGGCGCGCAGAUCAUCACCGUAGGGCGCGACCUCAACGACGGCCAUUGGCACAAGGUCCACGUGCAACGACACGAAGACAGGACCAUCCUCACGGUGGACAGCGUCUCCCAGAUGCGCACCUCCAGAGGCAAGGAGUUCAACUUCGGGAGGUUUACCACCAAUUCGGACGUCUUCGUCGGCGGAAUGCCCACGUGGUACAACACCAAGUUGACGCUGUUGGCACUACCGAGUGUCAUUUUUGAGCCGAGGUUCGUGGGGGCUAUCAGGAAUCUCAUCUAUCCGGACGUGGAGGGCGGGCCACCGAGGAGGCAGGAGACGAGGCCCAAGGACCACAGGUGUGAUGGUGGCGUAAUUGCGGGAACUGAAGGUGUCUGUCUGUCCCAAUCUAGGAUCCUUCGUGGCAACAGCAGUGAUGCUUGUGAAAUUCGGGAUCCUUGCCAACACGGUGGCAUCUGUAUUUCCACUGAUAGCGGGCCCAUUUGCGAGUGUCGCAAUCCCGACUACGAGGGGGAAUAUUGCGAAAAAGAUAAAGCCCCCUCGGAGGCGGUUUUCCGUGGUGGUGAAUUUUUAUCGUACGAUUUGAGCCAAACUGGGGGCGAACCAAUCGUCAGUGCUCAAGAUUCCGUUACGUUUUAUUUUAAAACGCGCCAACCUAGCGGACUGUUGUUUUACACUGGCGACGGAACGGAUUACCUCAACGUCGCAAUUAAAGAUGGCUGUCUUAGUCUCACUAUGGGGCUAUCAAACGGUAAACAAGAAAUGCAAAUAAAGCCCAAUAAAGUGCGCUUUGACGACAAUCAAUGGCACAAAGUCAGCGUUCAUCGACGAAUACAAGAAAUUUCAGCCAUCACCAGUUUUUGUCGGCUCUCGGCCGUGGUGGAUGGCGUGUACGCCGACCAUUCGCACAUCGCCGGUAAGUUUACGAUGUUGUCCUCGAGUCGCGUCUACGUGGGUGGAAGUAUCAACACUCGGGCGCUUCCUGGGGCUCGUGUCCAUACCAAUUUUGUCGGUUGUAUGCGAAAAGUGGAAUUUGUGGCAGAUACGUUACGGUUAAAUCUGCUCGAGUUGGGUCGUUCCGGUAGUCAUCUCAUCUCUGUGGCUGGCCAACUUGAUUAUAAAUGUCCGGCGGGGGAAUCCCACGAUCCUAUCACCUUUACCACACGGGAUUCGCACUUGAUUUUGCCGCCGUGGAAUGCGAAAAAAUCGGGCAAUAUCUCGUUCAAAUUCCGCACGAAUGAAGCAAACGGUUUGAUCCUUUUCAACGGAGGAGUGCGUCCUCCUCGUGUGGAUUUAUUCGCAAUUGAGAUAUACAAUGGGCAUAUUUACGUGCAUUUGGACUUGGGUUCGGGCCAUUCGAAACAAAGAGGCUCUCGACGAAGAAUCGACGACGGGUCGUGGCACGAAGUGACCUUCCGGAGGACUGCAAGAGACGCGAGGAUCACCGUCGAUGGCUUUCACACCGAUUUCAAGACGAUUGAGGGUUCAACUAGUUUGGAACUUGAUGGGAACAUGUACGUGGGCGGUUUAGGUCCCCCCUUCUCUGAAAUUCCCAUUCCGGCGGGAUUGUGGACUGCUGUCUUACAACAAGGAUUUGUGGGAUGUUUUAAGGAUCUCGUUAUGAACAACGAAGCGGUUGAUGUUGCUAGCUACGCCCGUGAACAAGACUCUGGCUCAAUCCGCACCCUAUGCCACACCCAGCCCCAACAAUGCCCCUCGCAGCCCUGUCUCAAUGGGGGCGUAUGCACCGAAGGUUGGAACCGUUUCGUGUGCGACUGCACCAAUACCAUGUUCACUGGUCCAACAUGUGGUAAAGAAGCAGCAACAUUGAGUUUCAACGGUACCCAACACAUGGAAGUAACAAUGGACGCAGAAAUGCUCACCCAAACCGAAGACAUAAUAAUCCGUUUUCGGACCAGCAAACCCUUGGGUCUUCUCCUCAUCACAAGCACAGUCGAGACCGGCGAUCGAAUCGAGUUGGCCGUGGCCGCCGGCCGUAUUCGGAUGGCCUUGCGACUUGGUGUCAAAGAAAAGAAACAGGAAGAUCGCGAAAAAGAUAAAAUUCUUCUCGCCGGUCAAAAUGUCAAUGAUAAUCAAUGGCAUACAGUGAGGUUUUCGCGUCGAGGGGCGAAUUUGAAGCUUCAAUUGGAUGGUCAAAGUCCGAUUCGGGCCGAAACACAGGGGAAGUACCAGAGUUUGCAGUGGCGUACGGUGCAUCUCGGGGGGUUGUACCACUUGGAGGAGGAGAUUAGUAUGACGACAACAGUCCCCAAUUUUAUCGGGGAAAUACAGCAGUUUUAUUUCAAUAAUAUUCCGUAUAUUGAACUAGCCCGGGCUUUGAGUAGCGAACAAUCAAUCUCGGGGUUUCCCACGAUUAAAGUAGCGGGGAAAUUCGUCAAACACGCCACUGAUAAUCUACACAGACCGGUCACGUUUCGCUCCAAACACACUUUUAUUGGUUUACCAAUGUUGAGGGCUUAUUCGAGUAUCCACAUUGAUUUUAUGUUCAAAACACGGGAACCAAACGGUUUAAUCAUGUUUAAUGGUGGUAGAAAGGAGGAUUUUGUCGCUGUGGAACUGGUCGAUGGGCAUAUCAACUAUAUAGUCAAUGUGGGUGAUGGUACUGUGACCUUGAGAGAUACCACAAGGUCACAUUUGAAUGACAAUAGAUGGCAUACUGUUGGUAUAAGACGACCAUCUGUCAAACAACACACUUUAAUGGUCGAUGAUGAUAUUGUGAUUGCGACCAAUCAUGGGAGUGGGAAUUUGGAAUUGGAUGGGAUUUUGUAUCUGGGAGGGGUCCAUAAGGAUUUGUAUGGGCAGUUGCCACAAGAGGAUGUCAAGUCGCGGCAUGGGUUUGAGGGUUGUAUUGCUGGGUUGGAUCUAAACGGGGAAUCCCCGAAUAUUAUGGAGGAUGCAGUGGUGCACAGUUCGUUAGUGAUGGCAGGUUGUGAAAGUCAAUCGGCGAAAUGUAGUCACAAUGUGUGUGCAAAUGGCGGGAUUUGUGUCCAACAAUGGCAUUCGUAUACGUGUGAUUGUGAUAUGACGUCAUUUACGGGACCCACAUGCUCGGAUGAAUCGGUUUCGUACGAAUUUGGGCCUAAUCGAGGCAUCAUCACUUACACAUUCCCUGAAGAUAACCGACCUGAAAUGCAAGAAGACACAAUCGCUUUGGGUUUUAUCACAACAAAAGCAGAUGCGGUUUUAUUAAGGAUCGUCAGUGGAACUUCAAAUGAUUACAUCGAAAUGGAAAUUGUGGAAGGAAACAUAUUUGUAGUCUACAAUUUAGGAUCAAAUGAUCAUCCUUUAGGCGAAAUUUCCUUGAAAGUGAACGAUAAUGCAUAUCAUGUAGUGAGAUUUCACAGACAAGGCUACAACUCCUCGCUUCAAAUCGACGACUAUAACGUGCAAACGAGCCAUCCUUCAGGACAUCAGUUGCAAGUCUUCAACAGCCAAUCCCAGAUCCAGAUUGGGGGCAAAUGGAGCAAAGGCAAGUCGCGUAUUGAGCGCCCCUUCAGCGGCAUCAUCUCCGGAGUGGUCGUAAAUCGGCUCCGGGUUUUGGAUCUAGCCGCUGAAAAAGACAUCCAUGCUUCGCUACGUGGCGAUGUUCAGUUAAUUUCAGGAAUUUUGGAUCGUCACGAUCACUUGCAAAAAAUGCAACAAACUCCGGCUUCCGGGUUUCCGGGCGUUGAAGAUGACCUUGUGUUCAGCGGUGCCGGUUCCGGGUGUAACGGUGACGAUGAGGAUGAGUGUCCACCGUUACCGGAAACUGGAUCCGGUGAUGAUGAUCUCAUAACUCCGGUUUAUAAUCCGGUGACGAAACCGACGCCGACUACGAAAAAGCCACAUAAAGCGCCACAAGAAGGGGGGAAGCCGUGCGACGAUGAGGAUUGUUUCACGGGUUCGGGCUCGGGGGAGGUCACCGAGGAGACGGCCAUCACCUCGCACGCCACUGGUAUGGAUGUGAGUGUGACAACCCCCGAUAAUUCGAGCAUGCGAACCUCCGAUGGUUCCACCCCAACAUCGCCGACUUCGAUUUCGUCAAUCUCAUCGUCUAGUGAGAAAACAUCUGAAUAUUCAUCGAUGACAACCCCUCAAGCCACCACACAAGCCGAAACAACGCCGCUUCACGUCACAACUGAGGACUUCCCCCGAACAUCCACCGAGAAAAUCACCUACAUUUAUCGUCCCCCACCCGAUGACAAAAUCUACAACACGAAGACGCGCUAUAAGCCAACCGAACGCAUCACCACCAAGACUUCGGACACUGUCGCCCUCAUAAUCGGGAUCAUCGCCGCCGCUCUCAUCGCCGUCAUCCUCAUAAUCCUCGUCAUUUUGAAGUUUAAGCCGCGAAACGACGCCGCCUUCAAAGUCGAAGACAAGGGCUACAACCCACAGGGGCCCCUCUUGGGGCCGAGCACCACCAAUGGCCACCAAUACCAACUCAACGGUGCUUUGCGAAACGGUGACAAAAACAACCAAAUGCAACAAAAAAAGAAACGCGACAGUAAAGACAUUAAAGAAUGGUAUGUGUAAGUGUUUUUGUUGUUUUUUUGCAUUUCUCGAUUGUGACUCCGAGCCAUUUAAGUGAUGAUGAGUGACUGAAACAACUAAUCAAGUGAUAUCUUCGUACUCUCUCUCUCUCUCUUCGGUUGUCUUAUAUCUACUACUACCAGUGUUGAAACAAGACAAUGAUGGUCAGUGUUUUAUAUUGCAAGGACACAGGCACGGAUUUUUUAGUUUUCGACAAUAAUUAUAGGGCAUUUUGAGCAAAAACUGGUGGAAAAGUCAAUCAAAAGUAACGUUUAAUUAACAAAAACAAGUUUCCAAAGUGAUAACAGUAGGCCAUGAUUGUGUAAACCGCGCUUUAAAUGUGAAAGAGGCUUUUAAAAUUAAACAUGAAAGUUAAUCGUUUCCAAGGUGACAGUAAUAACCAUAGUGAUAACACUGUCACCGUAACUGUGUUUAUUAGACAUCUCCAUAGUGACAGUACGUUGCUAUGUAAACCACAGCACUUUAGCGGGAAUUUUGAAUUAAACGUUAUUAAAAAAGAAAAGGGAACGCUGAAGAGACUGCAUUUGAAACAAAUAAUAUCACAUCAUAUCAAGUAGUAGUUCAUUGAGCAUUUAGUCGUAGAGGAACCUCACCUAAAGUGCUGUUACACGGAAUAAUUUCACAAUUUAGUUGAUCCGUGCCUGUUUUCAUGUAUAGAAAUUGCAAUUUCGAGAAAAACCAUCAUUGGCAUUACUUACCUACACUAUAACAUGCCUAUAAAUCCUUUACAGUGACACUAACUUGUAAUUAAAAUAGCAAUACAGAGAAUUUAAAAUAGAUUAUGCGUUUAAAUAAGAUUUUCAUUAAAAAAAAUAAAUUAGUUAUUUGUUGUGUAUAAAAAGAAUUGUAAGUAGUUACGAUAGCAUUUUGUAUUAUACUUUAUGAUUUUGUUAGAGCUAUAAUAAAAUGGCGUAUAUUUGGAUGUUAAA